UUUAAAUUCUUCCUUGCAGACAUGCAGCUGUUGCUAGUGAGUAAAGAACACAUUGUACCUGAGCAGCAGGAAUGGAAUCAGACUCUGGACCAAAAUGACUCAGAGCCUUCAAACAUUAAAGAAGAGCAGGAGGAACUCUGGAGUGAAGAUGAAGGAAAAAUACAGUCAUCGCAGCUUCAUCAAAGCCAAAGACAUGAGAGCACAGAAGUGGAGCUUCUUGCCAGCAACUCAACUCAACACAGCAUACUGAAAAUGAAAGUUACUGGAGAGAACUGUGGAGGAUCACAACCAGCCAAGAAUUUGGGUCCAUGCAGUCAUUUACAACCACCGACUGAUGAAAUGAGGCAGUUGUUGCUUAUUAAAGAAGAACUUCUCCCUGAACAGCAGGAGCAGAAUAUGAAUGUUGAGCAGGAUGACAUUAAAGAGAAACAAGAUAAACUCUGGAUCAAUCAGCAGAAACAGCAGCUUCACCCGCUGGAGGAGGCUCAUAUCACUAAUUUUCCUUAUGUUACUGUCCGUGUGAAGAAUGAAAAUGGUGAUGAAAAACCACAGUCAUCACAAGGUCAUCAAAGCCAAAGUGAUGAGUGGAAACAGACCAGAGACUUCAGUUCAGCAUUUUACUGCCUGAAAAACAGCAAUGUUUCUGUUAGUUCGAGCAAUUUCAACAUUGCUAAGAAACAACUUAAUUUCUCUGAGUGGAGAAAAGUAUGCAGUCAGAAGAAAUAUUCAAAGCACCGCAAGGGAAGGCAAGCAAAUGAAAGACCAUUUGGUCGCCCUAUCCUGGGUAAAAGGUGGAGACAAAAGAGCACUCUAAACAGACAAAUAGGAAUUUAUGCAGAAGAGACACAGUUUGGCUGUCCUGAGUGUAGUAAAAUAUUUGGAAGGAAAGGCAGUCUGAUGAAACAUAUGAGAAUUCAUACAGGAGAGAAACCAUUUGGCUGUCCAGAAUGUAGUAAAAGAUUUGGACUAAAGGGCAAUCUGAUAAAACACAUGAGAAUUCAUACAGGAGAGAAACCAUUUGGUUGUCCAGAGUGCAGUAAAAGAUUUGGACGAAAGGGCAAUCUGACUAGACACAUGAUAAUUCAUACAGGAGAGAAAACAUUUGACUGUUGCGAGUGUGGUAAAAGAUUUAGGCAAAAGGGCAGCCUGACCAGACACAUGAGAAUUCAUACAGGACAAAAGCCAUUUGUCUGUUCGGAGUGUGGUAAAGGAUUUGGAAGAAAAGGCAGCCUGACCAAACACAUGAGAAUUCAUACAAGACAGAAACCGUUUGACUGCGCCGAGUGUGCAGUGUUUCCUGUAGAACUUUUAUUAUCAGCGGGGGCGCAGCAGUCUGCACCCUUUGACCACUACAUUGAAAUGCUGUAAAAUGACAAUUCAAUGCAACAUAAACAUGAUGCCUCUUUGAAAAUGGAUGAAGCAUACUGAGCAUACAGAAAAUAUUCACAAUGCUGCAGUUUUUCCACAUUUUUUUAUGUUGCAGCCUUAUUCCA